GUGUAUGCCAGAGAGACAUACAAUGGCCGCCGUGAGCCAACGUGCCGCGCGCCUCAAGUAUUAAUCGUCCUCAAUUUUCCCGUCUUAAUUUGCCGGCCGAGAGACGCCCACGAAAAAAAAAAACAGAAAAAAUGCACGACGCCUCGUCACGGUGCUAUCAUUCGGCCCGAGUCCGUUCGACAGCGUGCUCCGAUAUACGACGCCCGCGUCGUCCUGACGUAUCAUCAACGUUGACGCUCCUCGACGAAAACACAGUGGCCGUCGACACGCGACCGAUUGCACACGGGUGCAUUACGUCGUUGGGACGCGAAUGCUGAAACCUUCCACGACAAUCGAGGCGAACGUUACUUAUGCAUUGAUAUUGUGCUACCGUGUUGAUAUUCGUAGUGCGCGUCCUCAAAUUAUAGAGGUGUUUCAUUCGUUACCAGUGCAUUCAUGUCCCCUGGUGUUAUUAUGUAUCCUACGUAUAUAUGUCGUUCGCUUGAGGAAGAUAAUUAGAAAAAAGAAAUAUAUGCCAGUGCUAUGGCAUAUAUUCCGUACUCGAUGCUCGAGAAUCGGCUAUUCUGAUGUAUUUAUAAUUCGACUGCCCCGAAGAAGAGACGAAAAUGGCAACGAAAGUAGAGGAGACUCCCUCGUCUCCAACCGGGGGGUUUCCCUGGUACGGCAAGAUCUUCGAGUGUUGGAGAAAUCGGAGUCGAGUUAGUCCCGGAAAAAUCGAGUUGCCCGAUUGCGAUUUCUUUAUCGUGGCACCGCGACGUACGCUGCGCGUUCUCAAGCCGACCCUGAAGAGCGGCUGGUAUUACGAGAGCGCGGCGAACGACCGGCCGGAAUCGAUCAACGAUAAUUUCUUCGCCCGAUGGACCAGGAGGCCGCAUCCGUCCGGGAACUGCAGAUGCUCCUUCCGUCAGUCCACCGGUGCAUUGAGCACGAACGAGGAGCGAAUCAUAUCCGCGGAACUUAAUCGCAUCCGUACGAGUCUCUGCGAGGGCGAGAAAAACGCGCGCGACCUCGAGGAAUUGGAGCAAAAAGUCUCGGUGAAUUUGCAAAAAUUGCGGAACGCUGAUCACAUAAAUGAGACGAACCAGACGACGGUGCCGUCGAUACUAACAGAUCGUCAAUCGUUCGAACAAAAUGCGAAGCAACAAAUCGUUAAAGAUUUAGAAAGGUAUAUCAAUACGCUUCUGGAAGAAGUGCUCGACGACACCGUUAAGCAUGUAACUGGCGUAGAAAAAAAUGGUGUUCAACAUUCUUGGCAACAAACGAAAAAUAAUUUGAAAUCACAGUCUGAUAAAUCCAAAGAUGAAAUUUCGAUAAAGAGAGACCAGGAUGAUUCUAUUAUCGAUAUUAAUUCCCGUCUUUCAAUAGAUAAGACAGAAGAACAAUGGAGCGUAGAAAAUGAAUGUAAAAAACAAGAAUUCGCCAGAGUUUCAAUAGGCGAAGGUUAUGUGAAUCCUGCUUUUGUCGAUUCGACAGAUGAAUUAGCUUCCUUAGACUUCAAUCACUCUGCAAGAAAACGCGCCGACCUGUAUUUUGGAAUAUCGGGAAAUACCGAGAGCAUCGCGCCGGAACAAUUAGACUGCGUGGACUCUGGAAUAAACAGUGUGGAAACGAUCGAAUUUCAAUUACUUGAUCAAGAACCCAGCUUCGAGCAAUCCCUAUUACGAAUCAUCGAUGAAAAAUUGGGAAGAGGUCCUCUGACGAAUAACUCGGAGGAAGAUAGAGGAAGUCCUGAGAAAAAUUUGCAAAAAACGAUUUCCGAGAUCGAUUCUCUGGAGCCUGUACAAGCCAAUCUUGAAAUAUUACCAACUGAUCCUAACAAAGUGGAGCAUCAGGAGGAUGCUAUCAACGCAGAAACUAAUUUCGAGAAACUACGCUUGGAAUUUCAAAGUAACGGCAUGUCUGUAAACGAUAGAACUCGAUCGAAACUCGAUUCGAAAUUAACGGAGGCCGCUCCUAUCGAGCUCAAGGAUUACAGGAAAGAAUGGACGGAGUUUGAUAGUAUUUCUUCGCGAGAAAAUACUCGUCAAAGUCUUCACAAUUCGAUAACAUUUCGAAGGAACAGAAAACCGACUAUAGUUUUUUUACACGGCUUCGGUUCCUCGGCAGAAGUCUUUGAACAUCAACUACAGUAUUUCUCUUCUUUUGGUUAUCCUUGCAUCGCUCCCGAUAUGCUUGGACACGGUAUGAGUUCAGCGCCCGGUCGAUCUAGAGAUUAUCACUUUAGUAAAUUACUCAAGGACUUGGACGCUGUUCUACAUCAUUACGCUUUCAAACCCGGAGAGAAAUGCGUUUUAGUGGCACAUAAUUAUGGAUGUAGCUUCGCUACGGCAUUAGCUUGCAAAUAUGACAGUAUUCAUCAGCUCGUGCUAAUAUCGGGCGGUGGCCCGACUCCUCUGGCUCCGCCGAGCACGGAAUGUGCGGGACAUUGCUGUCUCAGGGCGAUUCUCGCACCACUUUUAAUGUGCGGUCUUCACCGAGAUAUUCUAUAUUCCGCGCGAGGUCGUCAGCAUCCUUAUUGCGGUCACGAAUCGACGGAACAGUGGCCUUCCCACAUGAAAUACGUAUUGGACGGUAUGACCUGGCCGCAAGGAGACUACGCUUUUCACAGGAAGAUAUGUACACCGACGCUUCUGGUGCACGGAUUAAGGGACAAUCAAGUUUCGCUGGUGCAGGAGUGUCAAAUGGAAAGAACAAUGGUUAAAGCUUUCCUCGAAGCUAUUCCAAUGGCAGGUCAUAGCCCGAUGACCGAAUGCCCUCAGCAGUUGAAUCAUAUGAUACAUUGUUUCAUAGAUUUGUGGAAAAACAAAAAUGGCAGCAAUGAUAUUAUAUAAUAAUUUCAAUCUAGAAAUAAUCACCUAAAAAUCUGUAUGAUAUUGAAAUUGCAUCGAGUGAGUCGAUCGUUAUCAAAUAGUUAAAUAUGAUAUUAAACUUGUGUGUAUAUCUUAAGUGAAGGGAAUUAAGCAAUAUUAUGACCGAAAGUGAAUAUUAGCAAUAUUAUGAUUCGAAAAAGAUUGAAUUUGAUCGAACGAUAAGAUAAAUUGAUACACAAUUUGAGUGGCUUCGUAAAUGUGCCAAAAUUUAUGUAAAUAAAUACGAAAUGUCUCAUUCGUCUCUCGAUCACUUGAAAUAACUUUUAUAUAUCUGAAAAUAUUAUUUUUUUAAUAAUCAACAUGUAUCACCAAUACAUUUGAUUCAAUUUUAAAUUUGAACUUUUAAAUGUACCUGAGAAAAUUGUUCGCUAUCAUAAAUAAAAUAUAUAUAAAAUUUUAUUUAUAUUAAAUAAUUUUUAAAACUUGUUUUAUUGUUGUACCAGAUAAAAAAAGUUAUUCAAAGUGAUUUAACAAAUAUUGUAAACAGAGGCUAUGGAAUAGCAUAGAAAACCAAAGAUCAUUUAUAUAUAUCGUUAUUUCAUAGAUAAUAUUUUUAAUAU